AAUAUGGACGUGGUAACAAGUCGGAUGUUGAACUGAGGCCAACAAGCGAGUGCCUAUAAGAAAGAAUCAACCUUGAAAGUUCUGGGGCGCAUGCUGGGGCCGGACUAGCCUUGCGGCCACGUCAGAGACUAUGAAUGCCUCACUGCAGGUUCUCGGCUUGGCGCUAGGGCGACACUUGCAAGAAAGGUUGCAAGCAUGUCGUCUUGGCCAAGUCGUUGUCAUGUCCGCAGCGCUUGACAUGCUCGGGCCAUCGCUGCGCGGGUUGAGGACGACGCCUGCAGACGCGGCCGGAGAGGCCUCUGCGCUGACUAGUUGCGAAGGUGCAAGCGCAGACGCGGGUCCUUCAGCUAGUCAGCACGUUCGGGAGCGGCACGGGGCUGCGCUGGGGCUGCCGAGCCACUUCGCCGAGCCCCCCCCCAAACCGACCCCCUCUACCGUCAGGAGCUGGGACGACGUGCCGCUGCAAGAGGACGCCAAGGAGCCGCUCAAGGCGGCGUCGCUGGGGCCGCACGUGGGCCUAGCGCUCGUUCGAGACCUGGGUUACAGCUCAGCCUUGGAUCUAGCUCUCAUCAGUGACGAGCAGAUCCAAGCACUGAGGGCGGCGGCACCUGUCCUUGGAUCCGGGCCUGGAGGCGGGCCAGCGGCGGGCGGGCCGGCGGCGGGCGCGGCGGCCGCAGCAGGAGGCGGGCUGAAGCCACUGGAGAUAGCCCGGCUGGUGGCCGUGUGCCGGGCAGCGCGGGAGGCGCGUGUGUCGCCGCGGUCUGGGUCACUGCAGGAGCUGGCUGACCUGCUGCGUGUGCUCAACAAGGCGGUGGUGGUGGACCUGGGCGGCCUCACCUUCUCGGGGCCGCUCAAGCCCCACACCAGCGGCGGCGGCGGCAGCAGCGGCAACAGCGGCGGCACUGGGGCCGCGCAGCAGCAGCUGCUCCGUAUCAGCGGCAACAACGUGACGCUGGUGAACGGGCACCUGCACCUACGGCCCGACCAGGCGCUGCAGGUCACCGGCCGCAACGUGCUGCUGUCAGACCUGACCAUCGAGGCAGCCCGCGCCGUGCCCUCCUCCUUCUCCGCCUCCUCAUCCUCCGCCUCCACCUCCACGAAUCCAAACGUCGCCACCGCGGGUGAAGCCGCCGGCGCGGCGGCGGCGGCGGCGGCGGCUCCUGCACCGUCGCCACAGCGUGUGGACAUCGGGCUGGUGUCGGUGCUGGGCGGCACGGCGCGCCUCACGCGCUGCCGGCUGGUCAACCCGUGCCCGCACGUGGCGUUGCUGGUGGGCGGCGGCGCGCGGGCGGAGCUAUGGCACAGCGAGGUGGCGGGCAGCGGCGGCGCGGGCGUGCUGGCGCUGGGGCCGGGCGUGGUGGUGGCGGUGCACCACUGCCGUGUGGCGGACACGGCGGGCACGUGUGUGCAUGUGGGCGGCGGCGCCAGCGCGGUGCUGAGCUCCAGCGAGCUGCUGCGCAGCGGGCUGUUCUGCGGCCUGGUGGCGCAGGGGCCCGGCAGCCGCGUGGAGGCGCAGCGGCUGGUGGUGGACGGCGCCACGGAGAGCAACGUGUUUGUGGAGCAGGGCGCCGGCGUGCUGCUGCAGGACAGCAGGCUGACGCAUUCAGUGGAGCGGCAGGGGUUGCAGGCGCGCGGGCGCGGCAGUGUAGCGGAGCUGCAGCGCUGCGUGCUCAGCGGCAACGGGCAGAGCGGCGCGUACGUGCUCAGCGGGGCGGCGGUGAAGCUGCAGGGCUGCACGCUGCAGGGCAACGGCAUCUCGGGCCUCAUGGCGGGGGGCAGCGGCAGCCGGGCGCAGCUGGCGGGCUGCCAGCUGGCGGCCAACGCGGGGGCGGGCGUGCACGUGGUGGGCGGCGCGGAGGCAGAGCUGGAUGGAUGCGAGGUGACUGGCGCGCCGGCGGACCAGCCGGCGCCUGCACCAGCCAUCAGUGCUGACGGGGCUGCGGGCGAGGUGCCGCCGCCUCCGCCGCCGCUGAUCCGGGCCCAGGGCGAGGGUAGCCGUGUGGUGGUGCGCGCCACGAAAUGCAGUGGCGACGUUGCGGCGUUGGAAGGGGGCAUCGUGGACAUGUGAGCCUGAGCCUGAAUCCAUUCUUUUCGUAUCAUAUUGGCAUGUUUUUUUUACGGCAUCUGGGUCGGCUGUUCGCUAGGUGUGCAGGGCCGCCGCACGUGUGUGCGUGUGCGGGGCUGCUGCGUAACUUCAAGGCGCCGUACGAGGCGCACCAUUGCGAGUGCAGGCCCGGUGCCACAGCCUGUCGUUCUGUUGUGCUCCACGGCUCCUGCGACUCGUGCGCGUACUGUGUCCUUCAUAAUGCCAUGCCUGUCGAACCGAACCGCAAUGGGGUUUGAGUCGGGAGGCGGGGAGGCGCGGGUGAAUGUCGACCAAGGUCUGUGUUGGAAUCAUUUGAGGGGACGCCAAGCAGGACCUUACCGACAGCUUUGGAGCCCUGUAAAACGGGCACUUU